AUGGAAUGCUUUGCCGAGUUACUCCCUCCCACUGCUGUAACGCACGCUAUCGCGCUACCCUUCCUGAGCCCCAAUGCCAAUAACGUCGUUGUUGCAAAGACUUCACUUCUGCAAGUAUUCGACAUCAAGCCAUCACCUGCGACCGAUGAUGCAUCUGGAGAGCAGCAGACGGCGAGGCUCGUCCUCGUUGGUGAAUAUCCACUAUCGGGAACGGUGACAGCAUUAGCCCGGGUGAAGAUCCUGGACACCAAAACCGGCGGCGAAGCUAUCUUGCUGUCCUUCGCACACGCAAAGCUCAGCUUGCUAGAAUGGGAUCCAGACAACCAUCGCACGAGCACUAUCAGUAUCCAUUUCUAUGAGGGCGACAAUAUCGUCGACCAACCAUUCGGACCGGGGUUGAGCGAAUGCGAUACCAUACUGACGGCCGACCCGAGCUCGCGAUGUGCUGCUCUGAAGUUUGGGCCACGAUUUCUCGCCAUCGUCCCUUUCCGACAAGCUGGCGACGAAUUGAUAGGAGAAGAGGAAGAGGGUGCUGAUGCGAAUGCAAUCACGAAAACUUCGAUAGCGCAGACAAAUGGUGGUCUCGACGUCGCAGAAACCCCGUACAAGCCAUCCUUUGUGCUACCCAUGACAACGUUGGAUCCAUCAUUGAAUUGCAUUGUGCAUCUCGCAUUUCUGCAUGAAUAUCGCGAGCCGACGUUUGGUAUCCUCGCGUCAUCCACUUUGCCAUCGGCCGCUCUGCUCGCAGAGCGCAAGGACAUUUUGACCUACACCGUAUUCACGCUUGACCUCGAGCAGCGGGCUUCCACGAACCUCAUAACAGUGACCAAACUCCCGUCAUCGCUAUGGAAGGUGAUGCCGCUACCAGCACCCAUAGGAGGUGCUCUCUUGAUUGGCGACAACGAAAUUAUUCACAUCGAUCAGAGCGGUAAAGCCAAUGCAACUGCGGUCAACGAAUUCGCGAAGCUGGAGAGUGAUUUUGGCAUGGCGGACCAGUCGCAUCUUAACAUGAAGCUAGAAGGCUGUGUGGUGGAAGUCAUCGAUCAUAUGUCUGGAGGACUAUUGAUUGUUCUAAGAGAUGGUUCAAUGGCCACUCUCAGCUUCAAGGUUCUUCGCAGAAGUAUCAGUGAGCUUGUGGUCACGCGCCUAGCUUCGGAAACGAGCGGCGCCAUUUCACGCGCAAGUCCGUCCUGUCUGACCUUGUCACGCGACGGAACAAUAUUUGUAGGGAGCGACUUCGGACCCUCGUCUCUCGUGUCCUGCUACGCAACGACAGUGCCAUCUAGCCGGAAACGAUCUCUGGCACAAAUGAACGAAAAGGCAGACGAAGCCGUCGAUAGAGAAGGGAGCGAAGCAGAUGAAGAGGAGGCAGAGGAAGAAGAAGACGAUGAUGAUCUCUACAGUGUUGCGCCUGCCACAAAGAAGCGAGCCACCUCGUCAAAUGUGCAUUCAAAUAUUCCUGACAUUGCAAACUUCACUUUUGCGCCGCUGGACAACCUUCCAUCCCUCGCUCCUGUCAACCAGGUCUGCCUUGGCCGCGCCAAAGGUUCUCGAGCUGGAAGAUUGGAGCUCUUGGCUGGAACAGGUCGAGGCCACUCAAGCCGACUAGCUAUCCUGAAUCGUGACAUUAUUCCGGAGGCGCUCGGAACUACCAGCAUAGGGAGCGCUUCGGCAGCAUGGACGGUUUGUGCAAAGCCAGAAAAACAUGCGGACCAAGCGGAGCAGAAGUCAAUUGAUCGCGCAUUUGACAAUCUGCUCUUCGUCAAUGACGAUUCCACAACACGAAUUCUUGACAUCAACGAUUCUGAUGACAACGAGAGCCAGUUUGUCGAGCGCUCGGCGCCUGAGUUUGAGAAUGAGGGAGAGACGCUGGAAGUCAGUACGUUACGAAAUGGCACCCGCAUUGUCCAAUGUCGGAAGAACGACAUUAGAAUAUACGAGUCGAAUCUUGCUUUGAGCCAAAUUAUUCCAAUGGAGGACGAAGAGUCUGGUGCGGAACUGAACAUCGUCCAUACAUCAACUUGCGAGCCAUAUUUACUGGUUGUUCUGGACGAUGGAAGCAUGCAGGUCCAUCAGGUCCAAGGCAAGGAAGUCGAGCCUCUCACUUGUCAUGGCGUCACCGAGGAGAAGAAGUGGCUGAGCGGCUCCAUCUACUCUGGAUCCCUGACGCGGGACGACCCCGUUCUGCUCUUACUCGGCUCGAAUGGUUCCUUACACAUGUUCAGUCUCCCAGAUCUUGAGCCGAUCGGAACCGUACUUAGCUUGCCUCACCUUCCGCCGGUCUUUUCAAUGGAAUCUUCACAACGGCGAAUGGGUGCAAAAGAGACACUGACAGAACUCCUCAUGGCAGAUCUUGGGGCUGACGGACAUUCGCAGCCAUACCUUGUUCUCAGGACAGCCAUGGAUGACAUUGUUCUCUACGAACCAUUCAACGACCGAAAGCGCGCUGCAUCAAGUCCUUGGUACGCUGACCUACGCUUCCGGAAAGUGCCAAUGGUGUACAUUCCGAAGUAUAAUGAAGCGGCUGAUGACGAUUUGGAGCUGAAACCUCCGGCAUUGAGAGGCGUGAACAUCGGGCAGUACCAGGCGAUUUGCAUCCCUGGCACACCACCUAGCUUGAUUUUGAGAUCCGCAUCAAGUUCGCCGAAAGCCCUCGAGAUUCGCUCGACAGACGAGCACGGACAUAUGCAACGCAUCUCAUCUCUGAACACUCCUAGGUGUCAACAAGGAUUUCUGACGGUCGAUUCUGGAGGAACUCUGAAAGAAUUCCGACUACCGGAAGGCGCGUGGUUCAGCUCUGGCUGGUCUGUGCGACAGCUAGAUUUAGGCGGAGAGCUUCGACAUCUUGCAUAUCAUACUUCUAGGGAGGUGUAUGUGGUUGCCACUUCCCGAGACGUGGAUUUCUACUUCUCGGAAGACGACAACCGGCACCCAGAGCAAGAUGAUAUCUCGUCCAGGCCACAGGUGCCACAAUACAGCAUACAUCUGGUGUCUUCAGCGACUCGGCACAUCAUCGAUACCUACGACAUGCCAUCUUUCCAAUGCAUCACUUCAUUGAAAAUCAUGCCUCUAGAGAUCUCCGAAAACACUCAUGAACAAAAAUCCAUGAUUGUUGUGGGCUCGGCAGCGCUCCGUGGUGAGGACAUGCCCGCUCGCGGGCUUGUGACUGUCCUCGAUAUCAUCGACGUCGUGCCUGAUCCCGAUAGCGAGGAGAGCGGAGUGAAGUUCUCCGUCGUCUCCAACGAGGAGACCAAAGGUGCUGUCACCGCCAUCGAGUCUUUCCCGGGAGGAUUGAUCGGCACGGCUCAAGGACAGAAACUCAUGAUCAGAGGUCUGAAGGAGGACGGAUCGUGUCUUCCAGUUGCAUUCCUGGACGCCCAGUGCCACGCCACCACACUGAAGAGUUUACACGGGCGCGGAUUGUGGCUGUUAGGAGAUGCUUGGAAAGGGUUGUGGUUCGGGGGCUUCACCGAGGAACCCUACAGAAUCACUGUUCUAGGGAAGAGCUCCAUGGACGUCGAGGUCAUCUGUGCCGAAUUUCUCCCCUUUGAGGGUCAACUCUUUAUCCUCGUCGUCGACAGCAACACCGACCUCCACAUCCUCCAAUACGACCCGGAGAACCCCAAGACCGUCUCGGGAAUGCGCCUGCUGCACCGCUCUUCCUUCCACGUCGGCCACUUCCCCACCAGCAUGACACUGCUCCCAUCCACGCUCUCCCCCUUCACCGACCAAGAAGAGACCGUGGCCAACGGCCACACCUCCUCCGCCGACCACGCCCCGCCGCUCUUCCACAUCCUCCUGACGUCCGCCUCGGGCGCCCUCGACCUCAUCACCGCGCUGGACGAGAGCACAUACCGCCGCCUGUCGGCGCUGCAGAUCCAUCUGACCGCGAUCCUCGAGCACGCCGCGGGCCUGAACCCGCGGGCCUAUCGCGCGUGCGUCGAAGGCGAGGGGUUCGGCGGCAGGGGCGUCGUCGACGGGAACCUCGUCCGGAGGAUCUUCGAGCUCGGCACCGCCAAGCGGAGCGACGUGCUGGGCCGCGCCGCGGGAGACGCGUGGCGGCUGCGGAGCGAUCUGGAAAUCAUCGGAGGUGGCGGCCUGGCGUACCUGUAG